AUUUCUCUCGCUUCUGAUGUCGACUUUCGAUAUUUUAAACAUGGCGGCAGGAGAUUUCCGUUCUUUCUGAAGGAGUCUCUUCCGGUUGUUUUACCGACUAAUCAACAUGGGUAAACCACGUGGUCUUCGUACCGCCCGUAAACACGUUAACCACAGGCGUGAUCAGCGGUGGAAUGACAAAGACUACAAAAAAGCUCACUUGGGGACCCGCUGGAAGGCAAAUCCAUUUGGUGGUGCAUCUCACGCUAAGGGCAUUGUCUUAGAAAAAGUCGGCGUUGAAGCUAAACAACCUAACUCUGCUAUCCGCAAGUGUGUAAGGGUACAGUUAAUCAAGAAUGGAAAGAAGAUCACGGCUUUUGUACCGCGUGAUGGUUGCUUGAAUAACAUUGAAGAAAACGAUGAAGUUCUAGUUGCAGGUUUUGGACGUAAAGGUCAUGCCGUUGGUGACAUUCCCGGAGUUCGGUUCAAGGUUGUAAAGGUCGCAAAUGUUUCAUUGUUAGCAUUGUACAAAGAAAAGAAAGAACGUCCCAGAUCUUAAGCAAUCAACAUACAAGAUAAUGUAUUUCUGUCUGUAUUUACAAUAAAUACAAGAAAAGUUA